AUGGCAGAUGCACAGGAGAGCACCGCCUUCCGUGGCUGGCUGCUGAAGCGUGGAGGUCUUCGCAAGUCAUGGAAGCGGCGGUGGUUUGUACUGGAGAACAAGAGACUCUCGUACUUCAAGAGUCAGGAUGAGGAUAAGGCUGCCCUUGGUACCAUCGAUCUCGCCGUCUACACCUGUGUCGACUUUGUGCCACUCGAGGUUCAUGGCAAGGCCAACGAGUUUAAGAUCGAAGGCCCCGAUCUGCGCACCUACUUUUUCAUGGCACCGAGUGCUCUGCUCCAAAGUGAGUGGUGCGUGGCCAUCGCCGGCAAAGGUGUCGGUGCCUCCGCGGUGGUGCAGAAAAAGGUGGAUGCGGCGGCAAAGGUUCAUGUCGUACUCGAGCCGAACGGCUUGCCCAACGGGUACGACGUGUUCAUGUCCAAGGAUCCCAUGCCAGCCGAGGCCGUCCCGCCCAUCGCCAAAGACUCGUUGUUCCGGUAUCGGGCCAUGGUGCGGCACGAGAGUAAGGCUAAGACGACCAAGGUCAUGUUUGUGCUCACUUCGGAGGGCUUUUCAAUUGUCGAGGGCGAGACCGAGACGCUGUACAAGAUCAAGGCAAUUGUCAAGUACCUGUUCAAGCCGGAGAAGCGGCUCUUCCGCUUUGUCACCAAGCACAAUGACGAGAGCAUCCAGACUAUUUGCUUCUUCUCCUCCGGCGCACUCGUCGAGCACCUGGAAACCACUAUUGCGGCAAUGAUCCAGGCCUUGCUCGCCGACACCGGCAUUCUCUCCACCGUCCUCUUUGACUUUGAGUCGGAGGAUGAGGACGAGCUCAACGUCAAGCGCGGCGACCGCAUCGCCGUCCUCGAGGUAUUUGACGAUGGCUGGCUCCUCGGCUCGCUUGGCGACGGCACAACCGGCAUGAUCCCAGUCUCGCAUGUGUACUCGGAUGCCAAGGUCAUCCAGAACGCCCGCAGAAAGGCCGAGCGCAAGCUGAAGCGGAUGACCGCCGCGUCGUAGUUCUGGUCACGUCUCGACCGAGACAGCAAAGAAGCCUGCAACAACAAGGCACGCUCCGAGGAUGUAGACAAAGGUAAAGUGCGCGUCAGAGGUGAA